AGUUUCAGUUAAGUUUUGCGUGCAAUCGGUUUAUCGUGCGGAAUUCAAUAUUAAAAAAAUAUACACAAAUAAACACUCAACGAUAAAACAACGUGUUCGUUGCUAUAAACAAUAACGGAUUAUUAUAAUUUAAACAUUUUCUAAUUGUAACUGAUCGAUAAAUAAUCAGAGAUUUUGAACACAAAUACAAUUUGCGUGACUUUGAAAUAAACUUCCUUUUUACAAGCAACAACUCUUGUUAUUUUGCGUUUUUUUGCAAAGUGCACAAAAUUAACUGUUAAUUAUUUUCUAUAAUUAGUUAAAUGAACAAGAUUAUUUUUGAAAUAAACUAAAUGUGUUUUUAAAUUGUGAUUUUAAAAAAGUUUUAUUUAGUUUAUUGCUUAAAUAAAAAUAAACAUGGAAACCGAAACUACAACCAUCACAGCUCAAGAAUUGACAAAGAAGGUCGAUAAAUUGAAGAAAUCUAAAAAGAAAUUAAUGAAUGAAGGCCCCCGACAUGUUUCAGCCUUAGAUUCUCAUCAAUUUCCGGAUAAUGAAGAGCCAAAUAUAUUGGGACAUGGUUCACCAGCUGCUGAUUUGUUAACACAAAAUAAUAGCUGUUGUUCCAAAGCUAAUGACUGUGAUGAUGCUGACAAAUAUAAUAAAUAUAAAUUGUUGCUUAAUUUUGAAGAUGCACCUGAUCACUUAAAAUUUAAUCCCUAUAUUAGAGGUGGUUAUAGAACAUUCCUGUCCACAAAAUUAUGUCUACAGAGUGUAUUUUGGUGGACCAAUGAAACGAUCAAUAUUUGGACUCACUUGUGCGGCUGUCUUAUGUUUAUCGGUUUGACUAUAUUUGAUUUUCAAUUUCUCAAAGUUCAUGCCGAAUUGGAAGAUCAAAUACUGGUGGUGUGCCUGUUGAUUUGUUUCUGCUUGUGUAUGCUUUUAUCAUCGAUUUAUCAUAUAUUCUCUUGUAAAUCGGAGGAACAUUAUGAGUUAUUCUUAUCGGUGGAUUAUUUGGGUAUAUCCUUGUCUUUGGUGGCCAUUUACAUUAGCAGCAUGUAUUACGCCUUUUGGUGUUUUAAUAAUCUUAGAAUAAUUUACUCUGUGAUCGCUUUAGGCAUGUUUGGUUUAGCCAUGAUUGUACAAAUUCCAAAACUAAAUGUUUCCCUGAAUGGCAAAAUAGCUGUGCUAUUUACCUGGGCAGCAUAUGGUGUAAUACCCUUGGGACAUUGGACUGUAAAAAUGGGUGGUUUAGAAAAUGAAUUAGUGGGGUUAAUGGUACCCCGUGUUAUAACCAUGUACGCUUUGUGUGCCAUUGCCUUUGUGAUAUAUGCAGCCAAGAUUCCAGAACGUUGGUUGACCGGCAAAGUUGACUACUUCGGUCAUUCUCACAACUGGUGGCAUCUAUUUAUUUUGGCUGCCUUCUACCAUUGGCACAAUACCGGUAUGGUCUAUGCUGAAUAUCGUUUAAAUAAUGGCUGCAAUGGACCCUUAUUGACGUAAAUCCUCCCAUACUUCACUACCCAAGACAGUAAAACACAUAUCGAACAAAUUGUUCAUUUAUCCAUCACAUCAUUUCCAUCAUUAAUUUAGAAUAUACCAAAAUCUUCUAAAUAUUAUUAUAAUAAUCAUUAAAUAUUAUUUGUUAAAA